AUGAUUAAGAAUAGAAAAUUAGAUAUUACUUCAACUAAUGUUGCUGGUAUUGGAACAGAUUUAGAUAAAAAAUGUAGAUUGGAUGCAGCUUCAACUGAAGCUCAAUGGAAAGGUGUUGGUCAAGCACCAGGUCUCAAGAUUUGGAGAAUUGAAAAUUUUAAAGUUGUCCCAGUUCCAGAAUCAUCAUAUGGUAAAUUCUAUGAUGGUGAUAGUUAUAUCAUUUUACAUACUUUUAAAGAAGGUAAUUCACUUAAACAUGAUAUUCAUUUCUUUUUAGGUACUUUUACUACUCAAGAUGAAGCUGGCACUGCUGCUUAUAAAACAGUUGAAUUAGAUGAUUUCUUAGGUGGUGCACCAAUUCAAUAUCGUCAAUGUCAAUCAUAUGAAAGUCCAAGCUUUUUAUCAUUAUUCCCAAAAUAUUUCAUUUUAUCAGGUGGUGUUGAAUCAGGAUUUAAUCAUGUUAAACCAACAGAAUAUAAACCAAGAUUAUUACAUAUUAGUGGUGAUAAGAAUGCUAAAGUCGCUGAAGUACCAUUGGCAACCAGUUCAUUGAAUAGUGGUGACUGUUUCCUUUUGGAUGCAGGUUUAACUAUUUAUCAAUUCAAUGGUAGUAAAUCAAGUCCACAAGAAAAGAAUAAAGCCGCUGAAGUUGCACGUGCAAUCGAUGCAGAAAGAAAAGGUUUACCAAAAGUUGAAGUUUUCUGUGAAACCGAUUCCGAUAUUCCAGCUGAAUUUUGGAAACUUUUAGGUGGAAAAGGUGCAAUCGCUGCUAAACACGAAACUGCCCCAACCAAAUCUGAAAAAGUUUUAUACAAAUUAUCAGAUGCAUCUGGUUCACUUAAAUUCUCUGAAGUUUCACGUGGUAAAAUCAAUAAAUCCUCAUUAAAAUCUGAAGAUGUUUUCAUCAUUGAUUUAGGUAAUGAAAUCUAUACUUGGAUCGGUUCAAAAUCAUCACCAAAUGAAAAGAAAACAGCAUUCAGUCAUGCAACUCAAUACUUGGUAAACAAUAAACGUUGUGAAUAUACUCCAAUAGUUAGAGUUUUAGAAAAUGGUACAAAUCAAUCAUUUGAAACUUUAUUAUCUGCUUAA